GUAAACAAUUCGAUUUAAAUUUUUCUUUCGAUUAAUACUGCAAUCUCUAAUAUAAAUUGUUUGGAAUUGGGACUAGUCGAUCAGUAAUAACGGGACGCUGAACUUGAGAAUAAUUUGGAAAUUCGUAUAGAUUAAAAAAUGUCGGAUUGGGCACAGAAAGCAGAGGAUCAAGAAAUAUCUAGAUUGGUUAACAAUCUAGAGAUAAAGAAGGAUGAGAAGGAUACGUUGGUCGAAAGAGCUGACGUCGCAAGCGCGGCUGAAACAAGUUUGCUAUUAAAAAUUAUUCGCAAAGGACUGGUUGAAUCGAACUUGGAUUUGGAAGUGCAACGCAAGGACCCUAAAUCACCCUUACAUUCCGUUAAAACUUUCGAAGCCCUUCAUUUGUAAGUAAUUUUU